AUGUAUAAAUUUGAUAUCAAACCUGAUUCCCCCUCCCCUCUACCAAUCCCCACUGAUGCUGCAGAGCAGAUGACGCUUGGGAAGUCCCAGGCUCGGCAGCAGAGGGGAGGGAAACCAGAGCUGCCUAGACAACCAGGUUCAACUGCACAAUAUGAAGCAGAAGCAUCCCAGCAAGAGCAGUCUUCAGAAAGUGCACCUACUGAUACAGAAUCCCCACACAGCAGUAGUACUGAUGCAAAUAACUUCUUUCAUUCUCUGGAUUGGAGAGAAGGAAAAAGUCCGGAAAGUGGAAUAGAGGAUGGUUCAUCUAAAAAUGACCAUGUUCAACUAUCUGAUGACAAGGAGGAGAGUGAUCCUUCGGAUGAAGAAUUCCCUACAUUUCCAGGUGAAGAAAGUGCAGUAAUUGAUGGAAAAGACUCUGUUACUCCAGGAGGACAGUUGCUUUUUGAACCACAGUUACAAAAAUCUCUUCCUGAAGAGAAUGUAGACUUACUAGGACUAGACUCUGAUACUUCACCAGAACAGAAACAACCUGUCUCAGAAAUAAACUCUUCAUCAAGUAAUGCAGACUUGUUGAACAAUUUGUUUGUGGGUAAUCCAUCACAGACUUCAGAAGAGCCCACUGGAGAUCUUCUUGGGCAAGGAACAGAUUUCUUCUUCAGCAGUCAGUGUCCAGCUGCUACUCAGGGUAUGUCUUCAGCAGAAUCUGUGUCUUCAGCUGAUCCUUUUGACCCAUUCACAGUGUCAUCAAGUUCAGAGAAUCCAGCCUUGUCUGGUCCAGACCUCUUUGAGGGCUUUCUUAACCCAAGCUCAACAUCUACAGCUAUUACGGUUACUUCGACACAGAGUUCAUUUCCACCUUCUUCCAGCUCAGACUUGUUAAAUUUAGGGAAUUUGACAGCCGAGCCACCUAAAGUAUCAUCAUCUACAAGCCAUCCAGAUCUGUUAGGUGGAUGGGAUUCUUGGGCAGAUUCCUCAAGAACAAACAAUGUAGCACCACCACAGUUGAAGCCUCUUUUUGAAGGUCAGGCUUUCACUACAGGGAGCCAGUCCAAUGUAUCUUCAGGUCUGUCGUUCAGCCAGGCUAAAUCCCAGAACUUUGAUCCUUUCGCUGAUCUUGGCAGUCUUGGCUCUAGUCUUCCAGGUUCUUCCAGCAGUGGACACACAAAUACUGGCUUUGGUCAGAAGACAGCUUCAGCACAAAAGUUGGGAAAUCAGUGGCAGAAACCAACGAAAACACAAAGUACUUCAUGGCAGUCCCAGACUAAAUCCAGCACAGCAGCUAAACCCAAUUACACAGUAAACUUCAGUGUUAUUGGAGGACGAGAAGAGAGAGGAGUCAGAAUCCCAAGCUUUGCUCAAAAGCCAAAAGUUUCAGAAAAUGACUUUGAAGAUCUCUUAUGUAAUCAGGGGUUUUCAGCUAAAUCUGAUAAAAAGGGACCAAAGACCAUUGCUGAGAUGAGAAAGCAAGAAAUGUCUAAAGAUAUGGACCCUUUGAAACUCAAGAUUCUUGAGUGGAUUGAAGGGAAGGAGAGAAAUAUCAGAGCAUUAAUAUCCACUUUGCAUACAGUGCUUUGGGAGGGGGAAAAUAAAUGGAAACCAGUCAGCAUGGCAGAUCUAGUAACUCCUGAACAAGUAAAGAAGUACUACAGGAAAGCAGUGCUUGUUGUUCAUCCAGAUAAGGCCACAGGACAACCUUAUGAGCAGUAUGCCAAAAUGAUCUUCAUGGAAUUGAAUGAUGCAUGGUCAGAGUUCGAAAACCAGGGAUCAAAGUCCCUGUUUUAA